GUUACCUUUCCGUGGAGACACUAAAACCCUUGAAACACAAACACCGUAUGCUACACAACACCCAGAUUCUUGUCCUUCUCCAUCUCCAUGUCGCUGAGGAAAGCAUUCGAGCUUCCCCGCGUGUUCCGCCGCGCUCACAGAACGCUCUCCACCACCGCCUCCACCUCCGAUGAACGUGUCUCCGAUCCAAUCCCGCCGCCGCAGCUGGAUCUUCGUUUCUGCAUCUGGGUUGCGCUCAAGUUCGAGACCCUUCGCAUUCCCGAGCCCUAUAACACGGUAACUGAGUCCCUCUGCACUGCCAACUGGCUCUCUCUUUACUGGGAAGCUCUUCAGCUUCUUAAGAAAUCUGGUGUUGUAAUCACUUCUGAAUCUGUUAGGUUUUUGAUUAGGGGGUAUUGCAAAAUGGGUCUUAUUCAUGAGGCAUUAGAGGCAUUUGGUAGAAUGCGUGAGUUAGAUUGUGAGCCUGAUGCUCAUGCAUAUAACACCCUUUUGAGAGCUGUGUUGAGUAGAGGCAUUUUUUUGCUGGCUCGCGCGCUGUAUAAUAUGAUGCUCAAGUCCAAUUGUUUACCUACUGAUUAUACUUAUAAUCUGUUGAUUGAUGGGUACUGUAAAGAUGGGAACAUUAAGAGUGCACUUGAUAUGCUCCAUGAGAUGGAGCUGAAUAAUCUGUCUCCGACCGCUGUCACGUUUACCACUAUUAUUUCUGGUCUGUGUCGGGGGAAGAAUGUGGAUGAGGCGCACAAGUUGUUUAACACGAUGAAAGAAAGAGGGUUCCAGCGUGAUUUGGCCACGUUUAAUGUUUUGCUUAAUGGGUUUUGCAAGCAGGGCAAAUUGGAGGAAGCAGUUUCACUUCUGCGAUUGUUGGAGAGAGAUGGGCGUGGUAUUCGAUUAAGUGGCUAUAGUUCUCUGAUUGAUGGUUUUUUUAAGGCUAGGAGAUAUAAUGAAGCACAUUCGUUGUAUGGGAGGAUGAUUAAGGGGGGCAUUCUGCCAGAUGUCAUUUUGUAUGCCAUUAUGCUACGUGGUCUGUCAAAUGAGGGAAGGGUUGGUGAAGCUGUUAAGAUGUUUGCCGAGAUGAUUCAGAGAGGCCUUCUUCCUGAUGCUCAUUGUUACAAUGCAAUAAUUAAAGGUUUUUGUGACAUUGGUCAAUUGGAUCACGCACGAUCUCUUCACGUUGAGAUUUCUGGGCAUGAUGGGUUACAUGACACUUGCACGCAUACCAUUCUCAUCUGUGAAAUGUGUAAGAAAGGAAUGGUUAGGGAGGCACAGGAAAUGUUUAAUCAGAUGGAGAAGCUUGGUUGUUUUCCUUCAGCUGUGACCUUCAACGCCCUUAUAAAUGGACUGUGCAAGGCUGGUAAACUUGACGAGGCACACCUUCUAUUUUAUAAGAUGGAGAUUGGGAAAAGUCCUUCAUUAUUCUUCCGGCUUGCUCAGGGUUCUGAUCAUGUUUCUGAUAGUGUCAGUCUCCAGAAGAAGGUGGAGCACAUGUGUGAGGCAGGACAAACUUUGAAUGCUUACAAGCUUCUCACUCAACUAGCUGAUAGUGGGGUUGUGCCUGACAUUAAGACAUACAACAUUCUUAUCAACAGCUUUUGCAAGGCUGGCAACAUGAAUGGUGCUUUCAAGCUUUUCAAGGAUCUGCAACUCAAGGGGCUUUCACCUGAUUCUGUCACUUAUGGGACACUUAUUGAUGGACUUUACAGGGUUGAAAGAGAAGAGGAUGCCUUUAAGAUUCGUGAUCACAUGCUGAAGCAUGUGUGUGAACCUAGCUUUGCAGUUUAUAAAGCGCUUAUGACUUGGUUGUGUAGAGGGAAGAAGAUUUCACUGGCCUUCAGUCUUUAUUUGGAAUAUUUGAAGAGCCUUCCUGGUCGCGAUAAUGAUUCGAUCAAUGCUUUGGAGGAAUAUUUUAUGAAAGGAGAAGUGGAACGAGCAAUUCGAGGUUUAUUAGAACUAGACUUCAGGUUUAGAGAUUUUAAUUUAGCUCCAUAUUCAAUUCUGCUUAUUGGAUUCUGUCAGGCCAAAAAAGUUGAUGAAGCGUUGAUUAUAUUUUCUGUUCUUGAUGAGUUUAAUAUCAAUAUCAAUCCUACAAGCUGUGUGCAUUUGAUCUCUGGUCUCUGUGCGAAACGGAAUCUGUAUGAUGCAGUAGUCAUUUUUCUUUACAGUCUUGACAAAGGUUUUGAGUUGGGGCCAAAAAUUUGUAAAGAGCUCCUCGAAUGUCUUCUGGUUUCCCAAGAUAAAAGGAAGUACGCCAUUGAUCUCAUAGGAAGGAUGAAAUCUCGUGGAUACCGUUUACAUAAAUAUCAGUAUCGCCAGACAAUAUCCCUUUUACAACAAUUACAGGAAGGGAAAGCAGUAAAAUUGUUCUCAGAAGAUAACACUGAUUGAUCCAGAUGAGUGAGUUUCUUCGUUUGGUUCUUCAGUGAAUAUCCCCAUUAAGGAAAAUGAUCGUGAAUCAGGAGAGUUGCUACACUUUCAGAUGAUCUAAAGGUGCCUCUUAAUCCUCACAAUACAUCAUUCAGCCAUGGGCUGCCUGGUGUCAACUUCAAAGGACUCUGGUGAAAUUAGAGGGAAGCAGGGGAGAAUCGGGAAAGUUUCAGUACAUGUUCCCAGUCUUAGGAUUCCUAAACCUGUUGAUUUUGCUCUGCAACUUGGUGAUUAUUUAACCAAGAAUAUAGUGGAACGUUUAUCCACUCUUAGAACACGUGUUGUUGUUAUGGCUGGCCAAGAAGGUCCUACAAUUACAAGAACAAAAAGAAAAAGUACUACUACCCAUCAUGGAGGUUCUACACUGAAAUCACUUUCUACCGGAACAACCAUGUCUAGUGCUUGGUAUGUGGUGUUGUCAGUUUUGCACUUGAUGUCGAUACUAUUACUAUUACAGGCUAUUUUCUUACUGCUUCCGAGAUCAUCCACUGAUGGUUAUCAACUGAACUGAAAUUAUCAGAAGAAAUCCACCACUAUGAGGAAAUCCCUAAGGAUACUUCAAGCAAGGUGCAAAUAAAACUGUGAUCUGUAUUGUUACGAGAGGAUCAUGGAAAUAGCACCAACCUUCCCUGAUUUUUCCUUGGCCCUGAAGCCCCGAAUAUCAACUUCCUCCAUGUUGGAGAACAGAGAACGUAAAAGGGGAAGAAACUCUUCCUAACCAUCUCAAGGGUGAAAAUGAUCAAAUAGAAAUAAUUUUCAGACCUCAAAGAAAUAUUGGCCUGCCUGAAAGAUGCCAGUCAAAGAAGGGUGUUUUUCCAUUUCUUUUCAAUAGAAAAAAAAGUUAGGUUUUGCUUUUCCACCUACCUUCGGUUACUUCACAUGUUAAUUUCUUUUCUACCCCAUGAUAUAUUGAAAGAUGCCUGCAAAUGUAAAUUAGCCAUUGAGGGGAAAGAAAUGGUCUCCCUGUAGAUAGUACCCAAUAUUAAAGGCAGUCAGAUCAUCCAUUUGUUAAACUAAAUUUGUGUAAAAUUGACUUGCGUUGAAGAGAAAGAAGUAUUAUCUCCUUUUGCCAUAA